GCUCCUCGCCAAUGCGCUCGCGCCAGCUGGCGCGCGAGGAGGGGGCGCGGCGGCGCCGUCGAUCGCGGCGGUGGACGCCCCUCGCCCCAUCACCACCAUCGGCCCCACCACCGCCACCGCCACCGCCACCGCCACCGCCACCGCCACCGCCUGCCAGCGCCACUUCACCCUCCGCCGCUGCGGCGGCGGCAGCGCCCGCACUGGGAGGGGCGGCAGGGGCGUUCGUGGACGUUCCGACCACUCAGAUCCGGCGGAUCAUAGCGCAGCGGCUGAUGGAGUCCAAGUGGGGGUCGCCACACUUGUACGCCGAGGCAGAGGCGGACAUCGACGCCACGCUGCAGCUGCGCAAGGAGCUCAAAGGCAAGUGGGGGGUGGCGGUAUCAGUGAACGACUUUGUCAUCAAGGCCGUCGCCAUGGCGCUCGCCCACGUCAGCGAUGCCAAUGUGCACUGGGACGGCAAGGCGGGGCGUGUGGUGAGCAACAGCAGUGUGGACAUCUCCAUUGCCGUCGCCACUGACAAGGGACUCAUCACGCCCAUUCUGAAAGAUGCGGAUAAGAAGUCGCUCGGAGCCAUCUCCAAGGAGGUGAAGCAGCUGGCGGAGAGGGCCAGGGCGGGCAAGCUGCAGCCGCAUGAAUUCCAGGGCGGCACCUUCAGCAUAUCGAAUUUGGGCAUGUAUGCGGUGGACCGCUUCUCCGCCAUCAUCAACCCGCCUCAGGCGGGCAUUGUAGCGGUGGGCCGUGCGGACAAGGUGCUGCGCCUGCCCGCCGAGUCCUCUGCAGCAAGCGCACAGCUGCAGGUGGCGAGCAAGAUGGAGGUCACACUCUCUGCAGAUGCGCGCGCCCUCGAUGGCACCACGGCAGGCAAACUACUUUCUGAGAUCUCAGCAAACCUCUCAGACCCUCAUCGCCUUCUCAUUUAG